UCUUCCUACUCCUCCUCCUCCCUCCUCCUCCUCCUCUUGACCUCGAUGUGUACGCCAUCUUACACUUGGUAGAUUCUCGAUCUGCUCAGCAUCAACUGGAAAUACUGCCAUGUCGGCGCAGUCCUCCAUUCGCUCUUCACCCGAGGCAGCGCCUACCAUUGCAGGGCCAUCGCGCCUGGCAAUGGUUGCUCCUACCAUCCCUUCCUCUCCGCUCAAACGGUUGCCUGCCUCUGUACAGUCCUCUCCAUCCAAGAGGUCUCGCAAUGAGGACAAGGACAGUAGAGAGAGCAAAGCCAAUGGAGUGAGGACCCCCAGCUUCAGCUCGCCUAUUCGAAACGGCAGUAAGAAGGUCAGACUUGAUGGGGAGACAUGCAGAGCAGGAAGAGAAGCAGGAGGAGGAAGCAAAGGCGGAGGUUUCGUUAAUGCUCCAAGCAACGGGUCAGCAAACCAUGCUCUGACAGCAUCCGUCGACGAGAGUAUCAUGAAAGUCAGGCGUAGUCUGCCUAUAUGGUCGGCUAGGGACGCCAUUGUACAGAGGAUAGGGCAAGAGGAGACGGUCAUUCUCAUGGCAGAUACAGGUAGUGGAAAGAGUACACAGAUCCCACAAUUCUUGCACGAAGCGGGCUUCACUUCUACCUCCACCAGCACCGAGCGCCUCCGGCUGAUCGGUAUCACUCAGCCCCGUCGAAUGGCCGCCCUCUCCCUGGCCAAGCGAGUAGCUCAAGAGCUCGGAACCUCUGAUCCAGGUGAAGAUGAUGGCUCCUCCCGCUCGAAGUCGCUCGUGGGCUUUGCGAUCCGAUUUCAGGACCGCACUACCAAGCAUACCAGGAUCAAAUUCAUGACGGAUGGUUGGCUGCUGAGAGAAUUCGUAAAGGCUUCUGCGAGCUUGAUCAAGGCGGGUACUACCCUCGAGCAGAUCAGUGACCCCAGCCAUGAGUCUCUUCUACCACAAUACUCUGUUCUGAUCAUCGACGAAGCACACGAGAGGACCGUUCGGUCUGAUUUGCUGCUCGGGCUAGCCAAGAGGAUCCAGAGAAGAAGGCGAGAACUGAGAAGAAGUUGGGAACAUCGUCGGAACGAAGGGCAGCUACGGGACGGAGAGCCAGAACCCGAGCUGCUCAGGAUGGUCAUCAUGAGUGCUACGAUCGAUGCUGAGCUCUUCAGCAACUUCUUCGCAACGGAGAGCGAUCCGAAGAGCCGGGCUUCGCAUGCUGAUGGUUUUCCGCAGAGUGCGGAAGGAGGGCUGAUACCAGCACCUGUGCUAUAUGUAAAGGGCAGGACCCACCCUGUCACACUUCAGCAUCUACGACAGCCAGUGGAGGACUGGGUCGAUGCAGCGAAGCGACAAGUCCUGCAGUUGCACGUCUCGAAACCCUGUGGCUCAAGCAAUGGCACUGCCGGCGACAUUCUCAUUUUCGGCACAGGAGCAGAGGAGAUCGAAUCGCUCUCUGCUGGACUGCGUCAGCUGAGCGAGCAUCUGCCCACCUGGGCCAGCGAUCAAGAGAAGAUUACGGGCAGGCCGCACUCCCUUGCGAAGUUGCUUGUAGUGCCUCUGUAUGCCGCACUUGGGAGUAAAGCGGUGGCCCAAGUGUACAAGCCUACUCCACCUGGCUAUAGGAAAGUAGUCGUAGCAACGAACAUUGCCGAGACGUCCGUCACAAUUCCUGGUAUCCGCUACGUAAUCGACUGUGGUCUGGCAAAGGAGCGGAUGCACAUCUCUGAAGUCGGCCGGACGGGUGGCUCAGCUACUCAGACGACUCCUUCGAGCGCUUCUGGUGGCUCUUCCGCGGGCAUCGAAACUCUCACCACUCGAGCCAUCUCCAAGUCGGCAGCGAUGCAGCGAGCGGGACGAGCGGGACGAGAAGCACCCGGAGAGUGUUACCGACUUUACCCCACCUCGGCGUUCGACGCCAUGGAGCCGACUACGUUACCAGAGAUUCAUCGCUCGAACCUCGGCUCAGUGGCACUGGACUGUUUCUCUGCUGGGGUGGACCCGAGAGAGGUGGAAUGGGUGGAAGCGCCGCGCGAGGGCAAGCUGAGGGACGCCGUCCUCGGCCUAGCCAGCAUGGGCGCACUUGAGCCCGUCGAGGAUGCCCAAGGCACGAGAAGAUUGGCACUCACUGCGCUAGGUAGAAAGAUGUCUCUCCUCCCCCUCGCGCCGCAAUUCUCCCUCUUGCUCCUCACCGCCGCGGAGCACUACGGAGAAAAGACGGUCCGCCAGGCACGCGAUCUCGUUGCCAUCCUCUCGUCGGAGCGCAACAUCUUUGUCGAUGCAACCAUGUACGCUUCUGGCGACAACGUCAAGGAUAGGAAGAGCUCUUCUAAUGGCAGCGGAGGUGUAGGUGGGAUCAGGGGAGAGGCAGAUAAGAUGCGCGAGGAGAUGGAGUUGUUGGAUCUAAAGAGAGCAGAGGCGGAAAAGGCCAAGAGGAUCUUCCGCCAUCGCAGUGGAGAUCAUAUCACUAUGCUUCGCGCAUUCUACAAGUACCUCAGAGUCAAGGCGGAGUAUUACAUCGAGGCCGGUGCUGCUGCCGGUGCGGGCGGGCAUAGCAACGGUGAUGGCAAGACCCACGGCCGAAGAAACGGAGCAAACUCCUCUUCCUCCUCCCCCGAGUCUAGACUAAAGCAAUGGUGCACAAAGCACUACAUCAAUCUUCGCAGCAUGAAGGAAGUCGAAGAUGUCCGAGACCAGCUCGUGGGCAUUUGUCAACGUGCAGGGAUUCGUGUGCAGGAAGAAGAGCGGGAAGAUGAGGAGGAGGAGAAGAAGAAGAAGAAGGCGGUACAAGGCAAGAGGAGAAAGAGGGUCCUUUCUGGUCUGCAAAAGGAGGAGUCUGACUCAAAUCCGGACGAGAACGAGGAGAUCGACGACGAGGGAGAUUUUCCCUUGCUCGUCACCCGCGGUUCACGCAACAAUGGCGCACGCCUUGGUGAUGAAGAGGACGAGGAAGAAGGAGAAGAGGAUGAAGAUUACGAGUCCCUCCUGCGUUGCCUUGUGCAGGGUCGUUCGGACAGUAAUGUCGCAGCGCGAAUGGAUGAGGGGGAGCACAAGGGUCACUUCAGACGAAUCUUGGGGAAUGAGAUCUUUCGUCUUCACCCAACAUGUGCCCUCUCUCCUCGCAACCUCCGACCUUCCUCUUCUUCUAGUGGUGGCAGUGGCAGCAGUGGAGCAAGGGGCUCCGCACCCAAGUAUAUCCUCUUUGAGGAGUUGCAGUACACUGCUUCUCUCUAUGGACGGUGUGUGAGCGAGGUUCAGCUAGAGUGGUUGAGCGCUGCGAGGGGUGAGAAGUGAGAGUGAGGAUGAGGGGGGCGGAUGGUGGUGCCGGUGGCGGUGGCGGUGGUGGUGCGAAGAGGACGCAGUGAGAUGAGGUAUGAGGAGUAGGAUGCAACACAAUGCGAUGCCGUGCGAUACAUUGCGAAAUCUGUUUCUUCGUGGCAAAACAGAGGUAAUUCUAUAGAUCUAGA